CGUACAUAUGCGCUUGCGCUCUGGCACUGACCUGGCAAAUUUGAAUGUUCGAAAUCCAAGGCACACAGACCAAAACAAUUUCAAUCAGAUGUCUUUUCUCUAUUUUCCUUGACAAAAACAAUGAAACAGCUCAAGGAGACUCGUAGGGAUUCUUCUUCUACUCUUUGACUUCAAAGAGGACUUGUAUUUCAUAGAAAAAACUCAAAACGUUUGGAUUUUUCUGCGAAUAAUGGAGGCGACAUGGAAAGUUGUUGUCAGGGAAAGAAGAAUUUGCCGGUGAAUUUGCUUUGAAAAUGACUAAAUAUUACCAAAAAACUGUUGAUUAACUGACACUUCAAGACAACUAUGAGUACUAGAGAGUCUUAUAGCGAGCUUAAAGUGGAUAAAACUCCUCUACGUGUGACUGCAGUGACAAACUAUGACCCGUUUGAGGCCAAAUUCUGUGCUUCUCUUUACUGGUUAGUGUUCAGAGCAACAGAAGAUGGUGGACUGGAUGAAAUUCCUCCUCAAGUUACUAGUCCAAUUGAGAGAGAUGCAGAAAACCGCAUAACUGUUCGUUCAGAGGUAAUAGAGUUACUAACAAACGAUGAGAUCUAUGGUAAGGUGUGCAACUGUAUCUUUAACAACAAGGAUCCUGUAGUAGGUCAUUGGGCUGUUAUUCAGUGCUUGUCUCGACAUGGUUUCUAUGUGGUAGAAGAAGGAGACAUUGCUGUUACUGAUUCUACUCUACAGCAAAGAAAACCAUUUAGAAAGUCAACUCAUAUGGCCCUGAUGGAUGCUUUGAUGGCUGCUUACUCUUCCAAGGUUGUUACCAUACCACAGGUCGUGCAAGCUGUCAGGAAAUUCGCUCCCUUUAACGCAUCCAAAGAACUGCCAUUUGACUUGGAAGAUUCCCUUUUACUCUGGAUCAACAAAGUGUGCUCAACUCUCAAUGACAACGAAAUAAAGAAACAAAAACUCCGUGCUGAGGAUCUCCUACGUGACCAAGACAAAGCCAAGAGAUUUCGAUUCAGACGUGAUCAGCUACAGCCUAAAAUACAGCAAUUAUUUCCUGUCAUCGAUGACCUGCUGAAGGGAAUUAGUGAUGGGCAGUGCUUACUGGGACUAAUAUCAUUCUACUAUCCAGGAGAUAUCAACAUUGAUGACAUUCAUUUUGGAGAAGACAUUUCCCAGGAAAAGAUAGUAGGAAAUAUCGAACUGUUUCGAUCCCUGUGUAGCCAACAUAUUUGUACAUCAGCAUUGUCUUUACAAGUUGAGGAUCUCAUGUACAGCUCUCAGGCAAUGAAGCCCAACUUGAUUGCUUUACUGUCUGAAAUAUUUUACAAAUGCGAAGUUGAAGAAGAUCGAGAAGUGAAAGACAUUAAGCUUCGGAGUAGAAGUUGCACUGACUAUUCAGAAAAAAAUGAUGCUGGGAUCAAAGAAGCCGUGAAAGAGAACUCGGAAAACCAUCGAAGCUCUAGCGCUCCGAUGUUAGCAUCUGAAAUCAUUGCUACGCGUUGUCCUGCUGUAGGGAAGAAGCUGAUGGAUUUUACUAAAGAGAAGAACAAGCAAAGAUCAUCAACGUCGACUGCCUCUGAGCAAAAUAAUCAAGAACAAAAUAAAACUCCGAGGAGAACAUUUGAUGACAAGACUAGCGAAAAAUCAAAAUCUAAACAAAAUAGAAGCUAUUCGCUUCAGUUAGAUUUUACAGACGAUGGAGAAGAAAAGGUAGAGGAAAAGGGAGGGGUGGAUGAAGAGGAUCCUUUCAACAGCAUCAUGCGUAAGCCAGUCCUUGCUUCGAGCAAAUACAGCGCACCAGAUCGAGUAGGGGGCAGCCCUCGUAUACCACCCAAACCAGAACCAAGACUAAACAAGCGAGCUAAACAGAAACCAAGAACCCUUGCACUGGAGGACUGGGAAAUGGAAGAAAAGGACACAACAGAUCUCAUUUCUCCCUUGCAAAAGUUCCUGAGAGACAUUCACGUGGCUGAUCUCCAGCGGUCCCAGUCCCUCACGGGUCUCGAUAAGACCGGCAUGGAACCGAGGCGAUCAUUCCACGCAUGGCAAGAAGGAACCAGCUCAUCUGAUACUAAUCUUGAUAUGAAGCGAAGUCAGAGGAUUUCAUUGGAUUUCAGACCCAACCAACACCUGACAUCAUCCCAGGCAUACGAAAGAGUGAGAGACAAACCCGGGUUGCAGGCCUCCAUCAAGUACAAUGAGGAUCGUGGAUCUCAAGAUAGUGUUAAAUCUACUGAUAGCCUUACCAUUACCAACAAACCAUCCUCUGUACCUACUAGAAAAGAUGGCUAUUUCCAAGGAAAUUCUCAAAGUUGCACAAGUUCGAUGUCUGAACGAGAACUAAAGGAGUUUGAAGAAAUGGAAGCCAUGGUGCUUGCCCAACGAAGUAAAGACUUCAGUAAGAAUACUGCGGCUAAAGAUCGAGAUGUCUCUGAAGAAGACGUGUUGAAUGCGAGUGUAAGCAGCGAUGAUAUGAAUCGAUUUAGACUUGAGGUUCUCCAAAGACUGUCAGAAGAUAAGAUUAGAAACAUAGACAGACAAGGAAGUAGCGAACAGCAUCAGUCAACAAUGCAUUAUGGGAACAAAAGGGUAGACAAUGAAAAUACUAGACAACAAUCUAGUUUGGACCCCAAUGGUGAUGUAUCAGAAGAACUAUUAUCGCCUAUUAAUGAAUCGUCAGAACCAAUAUUAUCAUUACCAGAUACACGUGCCUCCACUCCCUCGACCACACCCAGUAGUCCGUGCUCACCGCUAGAGGUUGCGCCUUUCAUGCCUGCCUUCUUCAUGACCUCACCUGCUAAUACCAUCGAUAAAAAGGCUUACAAAAAUGCUGUCGCAGCCAAGAAUAAACAGGAACGCCAGGAGAGAAUGAAAGAGGCGCUUGGAGCUGAAGGUAUUGAGCCAUCGGUAUCUCAGACACCACGCUCUGAAUCGCUCAUGCGCAGUAAAGAAGAUAUGUCACCCAGAAAUAAAUCACUGGAGGCACUGACGCGUGGUAGCUACACAGUGGACAAAAUGUCGGUUGAUGCCGCGAAGGCUGCUGGGAUACCAGUCAUAGGGAAUGAACGAGUAAGCGAGUUGACCUUAAACGCGGCUUAUAGAACUACAACACGAAGUGUGUCUGUGCCUGAACCGCUGGCAGAGAACCUAAAUACCCCUAUACACGACAGGGUAUCUAUUUCGAGUUCCCAUUUAGUAGAACAAGGGUACGAUGGUCAAAUACCUCACCAGUUGUGUAACAUUGAUUCACAGAGUAAAAGUCCUAUCGGGUCGCACGCUAUAUCGCAUGAGGACCCACGCUUUCAAAGUCACGAAGAUGCGAGACAGUUCUCUCCGAGACCAUCAGAGGAUGUUGUUAUUUUUGACCGUAAUUCUUCAGAAUUAUUCCGAGGCUCCAGUGCGUAUGCUCAGGAAAGGCUAACUCAUGGUAGUCACAAAGCUAUGGUUCCUAAUAACGUUCGGCAGUCUUAUGUAGACGUUGGUUAUGGUGGCAGCGUUGGGCUUCCUGAUAAUCGACCGAUGAAUCAACACAGCAGUUAUCAGGAACAGUUCGUGGCUGAAGUAUCAAACCGAUUAACCAAUCAAGAGCAGCUUAGUGAUGAAAUAGAUUCAAGUCAUGUACGUGCCUCUCAAAACCAAGAUCCCUCGAGAACAUCUUUCGUAUCCAACACUGGAACUUACAUCAGGAAUUCGCCGCGAGACUCAAGGACGUCCUUCGUUAGUACCAUGAAUACAGACCCAAGAAACUCGUUUGUUACGCAGAAUAUGAGUGAUAGAAACUCCUUCGUACCUACCCCUUCAGAAAGUAUUCGAAAUUCGUUCGUUAGUAACCCAGGUGCUGCUGAUGUGAGAAAUUCAUUCAUCGGUAGCCAAGGAACAGACUUCAGGCACUCUUAUGCUAGCUCUGCAGGAGCGGAAGCAAGUGGAAACUCAGCGUACAUUAUGUACAGUAGCGCAGAUCAAGGUUUAGAGUCUAGACCAAUUUAUAGUGAUCAAUAUGGCACUUACAUCAAAGAUACGUAUUCCCACCAAACACCAAAGGGAUACCAAAGGGAUGCUGUUCAUGAUCAGAGAAUGGAUAAUGAAUAUUCAAGCCCAGGACAGCCACAUAAAAGACAUUCAAGUCCAGGACAGUUUGGCACAUUUCGUAAGCACCCAGGACCUCCCGUCAUACAACGACAGCCAAGCCCUGGGUACCACUACGAACAACACGCACCAACCAAUCACAACACAACACCUUAUCAUACAUCCCAAAUUACAUCGACAAUGGAUAUUGGUCAGCAAGGGGAGCUCCAGUAUUCUUCAUCUCCUCGAAACGAGAAUGAGCAAAAUUAUAGAAUUCCUACGAGUCAGCAGUACCCUAUUCCCGGACAUGCGCAGACUGAUCCACACCAGCAUUCCCCCGUUAUGUUUCUUCAAAAUGGUUCACCGACAUACAGAACCCAAGAAUAUAGACCAAGAAGUCAUCAAGAAGUAGUUGACACCUAUCGUGGUUCAAUACCAGAAACUAACUUUAGCCCAAGAGUAAAUCAAAUACAGGAAAACACAUUUCAAACUGUACCUCAAAGUCACAGAACACAAACCGGUGAAACGGCAAGAACCCAGUCCCCUAGGGCUCAAAACGGCAAACAUCAACCACGUGACUCCGAAAUCCGUCUUGGCACCCCAGACCGUAAAUCCCAGGCCUUUACGGUCGAUCUUGAUACAGGAGAACUGAAAGAAAUGAGUACUAGUUCCGAAAGCAUGUCUCCUCGGUCGCCGGGAUCCACUAUACUAAGAUCCAAAACAUUUAGAAAAGGACCCGAAGAAAAAGUGUUUGAUUAUGAUACUAAACAGACGAAAGAAGAACAAAAACAAGGCAAAAUGAGCCCUCAGACAUCUCAAAAUGAGCCAGCGGUCAUAGGUGGAAAGGAAAAUGUCCCAUAUAGUAUUGGUACUACAAACAGCACAAGUUGGUCUCAGUCAGCUGAAGCAUUGAUGUCUGUGUUGCAUAACGGAUUCCCUGGCGAAAAUAAGCUGAAAAAUGAGGAUGGAGUUUUGGCUAGUCCUCGUCGUCGCACUAAGUCGGGGUCCAGUGACAGUGCAAGUCCUGCUCCUCGAAUUAGCUGGUUGACAGCAGGGUUAAGUGGGUGUGGAGGGCAAGUCAUGCUUAAUGAAAAAGGUGAGAUAGAAGAGACCCAGAACAAGGAAGGAGAAGAAGACACAGCGACAGCCAAACAUUUGACUUUCCUUCGGCUUCACUUCGACGAGAAACGACGUCAGAUCGAAGCUGAAAAGCGGCGUAACCACGAACAGUGGGAGGAUGAAAGAAGAAAAUUGGGAGAGACAUUAUUUUGGUAUUCGAUUGGUCGAGCGCAAGGAAGUAAUAAUGAACCUGGACCGGUUAGACCUGGAAAAGAGGGCUCCAUGCGUAUCAAAGAACCUUUGAGGGUCAUUACUCAUCCACCACGGGUUACUGACUACAAUGGACCAACCAGUUCUGGCCAGCCAACCCCACCCAUCGGGAUAUCAACACCUUUAGAAUGUAUGUCGCCCGUCACAAAUCACCCCAUCCAGUCUAAGCCAAACUCAGGGUACCAUUCUCCGACUGUUGAAGGUUAUCAAUCGCCGCGUGACCCUGGGUACUACAUACCACCCUCGUUUGGCCAUGGGUAUAACCAGGCAUCUCCUCAUCGUCCUGGAUGCCAUUCCCCUUCUGCUGCUUCGCCUACUUAUCAGUCUCCUAUGUAUUCGCAAGCGAAUUACCCGCAACCAACGUCAUCACAAACUGGUUACCACCCUCGUAUAUCUACUCACCCUGGCUCCCAGUCUCCUAUUAAUUCUCGAACUGGUUACCAGUCUCCUAUUUCAGCUGCUGGUUUCCAAUUUCCUACUAAUAACGAAGGAAGACCACAGUCAGCAAACGGAACCGGUUACCAUGGAAACAUGCAGAUGCAAGGUUACCAAGCUGAUUCAACUGCCAAACCAAAUCUUCCAGUUGAUCAAGAUCAAGAAUAUGAAACACGUGAAUUUCGUCUUUCCGAAUACCCCCCUCAAGCCACCACUCCUUCGCAGCAGCACCCCCAAAACAAUGGACCGUCAAAGUCCCCAUCGCGAAAAUGCUGGGAGGUCAGCAGCCCCACAGUACCUCCCUCUGUACCUGGUUUGGUUUCCCAGUCAUCAGUUGGUGAUAGUGAUCAGGAUGUCCAGCCGCAAGAUGACAAUGGUAUCUAUGAAGACGAAGAUCCUUCAUCUAAGAAAGCCUUCUCAAUGUUCAUCGGUGACGAUGACCCUGAAAAAAUGAAAGAGGAGGGACUGACUCCAGAGCAGAAGAAGAAGAGAGACAGGUUCUUAAGAAAUCGACAAAAGAAAAUGGAGGAAGAAAAAGCUAAAAGGGAAUUGGAAAACGAGAAGAAAAGACAACGCGAGCAAAAACAGCGAGACAUAGAGAUUCAGAAGCGAUUAGACGAAGAUGAACGACGAAGUGAGAGUCACCAGCGCUUGAAGCAACCAAGCACGAGACAACCGCGCGAAAACGGCCACAAACCAAUCCUUGGUUCCAACCAGCCUGAAGAACAUUCAACUUUUGCUGAUUUUAGCGGUCCUCAAUGUUACGUCAAACCCAGUGGGAAAUCCAACCGUAAGCUGAUUAUAAAUGCUAUAUCUCAUGUCUGUCUGUCUGGAACAGUAAAUAAUGAAAGCAAAGAACGAUGUCUACAGGCGAUAGCCGAGUCUCAAGGUUUUAAUUUCAUGGUUCUGUUCAAGGACGGGUUAAAAUUCCGCGGAUUGUACAUGCAUAACCCAGAAAACGAACAGUCAUAUAAGAUAUAUGGAAUAGGACCCAAAGUCAUCACUUCCAAGAUGGUUGAAUGUGUGUACAAGUACAGUAGUGGAAGCAAAGAAUUCAUCAAGAUUCCCUCCAAAACCCUGUCAAUAUCUGUAGAUGGAGUGGCUAUAAACAAGGUCUACUGGCAGUCCAACAAACCUAAUGUUGCUUCAAAGACACAAUCAAAUCUAAAGCGACCUCCCAGACCCCCUCAGCGGUAACACUCCAUGUGUAAACAGCGAUAUAGAUGAUUUGGUAACCACCCCGCAUGUAUAGCGGCUUGGUUACGGAGUAAAAUCUAAAGUGACCUCCCAGACCCCCUCAGCGGUAACACCCCAUGUGUAUACAGCAAUAUAGAUGACUUGGUAACCACCCUGCAUGUUUAACGGCUUGGUUACACAGUAAAAUCUUAAGAGACUUUCCAGACCUCCUCAGUGGCCGGUAACACCCUGUGUAUAUACAGCGAUAUAAUAGACAUACUUGCACAGUUAAAGUACACUAACUUAGUUUGUUCCUUGGUCUGAUAAUAGUGAUUGUAAAGAACCAGAUGCUCUGUGCGUUCUGAUUGGUUUAACGCGAAUAAGGUCUAGACUUGUAAAUAAAGGUCGUGGUAUCUACUAGAAAAUGCUUGUUCAAUCAGAACACUGGAACACAUGGCACGUUUAAACAGUCCAGUGGUAGUUCGGUCCUAAACAGGUAACGUUCCAAUUUAAGAGAUGUCAAACAUUGCUGAAUUCUAACAAACUAAUAAUCGAGUGAUCAUUAGAAAAGUCGGUACUAUAAUGUGAAAUUAUUUAUUUGUACAUGCUAUAUGACCUAUUUAUUUAGUUGUGUAAAGAUAGAGUGUAAAGAUGUGAUAACGUAUAGGCCCCUUGCAGCACUUGGAAAUGCAACGGAAUUUGGAGGGCAAAACAAUCGGUUUCCAAUUCUCAGGGGAGUAAAAUUAUUUUGUUUUGUCCUCCAAAUUGAACUCCAUGCUACGGGUAUAUUUAAUAUACAUCAACAAACUACUAUAACAUAAUAAAGUGUAAAUAGAAUCAAUUCCA